GAUGGAAAAUAAGAACCCCCCACAACAAACAGAGAGGGUUGGAACAGAGAAAGAGAGCGUAGAAAGGGAAGAACCAUCGACAGAUGGACUCUGUUGUGAUUAAAGAUGGCGGCAGUCUUUACUGCAGACUACGAAGGACAAUACUCGAUCCACAGAAAAGCGGUGGGAGUUGUCUGCGAUUCAACACAACAAAACCACGAACCUCACAGUAAGGAACAGAUGGAUGGCAAAGACAAACUGUCAUGGCGACGUUCUGAUUCGACCAGGCCUUCUCGUGUCAAGGUGAUGAGAGGGAGGCUACCGUUACUGCAGCCCGAUGUGUUGAAUGAUAAUGCAAUGGAACACUUCGUAAAUGGAUUUACUGCUGGAGGAUGUGUGAGGAAGACAAUCAAACGCACGGAGCUUUUUAUAAGUAGAGGUCUGGAUCUAAUAGUUGUGCAGCGUGGGCUCUACGGGGACGUGGUUUAUGGAUGCUGGGACUAUGAGCAUAAGCGACAAAAGGGACUACUUAGCAGACCUGGGAGGCGGCUUCACUGAGGAUGCUCCUCGACCUCCAGUCCCAGGGGAAGAAGGUGAGCUGGUGUGCAGCGAUGGACGCCAGUACGGCAACGUCUGCUUCUCCUCAAAGAACGAGAGCCUCAAAUGUGAAGCGUCUGUGGCUACACCCAGGCGACCUGACUUGGACCUGGGCUACGAGCCGGAGGGGAGCGCUUCCCCUACACCGCCCUACUUAAAGUGGGCCGAAUCGCUCCACUCCCUCCUGGAUGACCAAGAUGGCAUCCAUCUGUUUAGGACGUUCCUCAAGCAGGAGGAGUGUGGGGAUCUGUUGGACUUCUGGUUUGCAUGCAGCGGCUUCCGCAAACUUGAAGCGAACGAGGGAAACGAGGAGAAGAAGGUCAAACUGGCGAAAGCGAUCUAUAAGAAGUACAUCCUGGACAACAAUGGGAUUGUUUCCCGACAGAUUAAACCGGCUACCAAGUCGUUCAUCAAAGACUGCGUGAUGAAGCUUCACAUUGAUCCUGCGAUGUUUGACCAGGCUCAGACUGAGAUACAGACGAUGAUGGAGGACAACACCUAUCCCUUAUUCCUUAAGUCUGACAUAUAUUUGGAAUACACGCGGACCGGAGGAGAGAGCCCUAAGCUGUUCAGCGAUCACAGCUCUGUUUCGGGGAACGGAAAGGGGCUGUCGGGGUAUUUACAGACUUUAAACGAAGAUGAAGAAUGGAGAUGUGACCCGGAGCCAGAGGAGCAGCCAGAGUGCGACCCCACGCCGAGCCACCGGCUUACUCAGAAGCUGCUGAUGGAGACGGCGCCGCAGCGGGUUGCCAGCAACGCCAGAUUCCAGGACAGCCACGAGUACAGGCACGCAGCAUGUCGGGAGCCCAUCAACCCGUACUAUGUCAACACUGGCUUCGCUCUGGCGCCCGCCACCAGCACCAACGACAGUGAGCAGCAGAGUCUGUCCAGCAACACCGACACAAUUUCCCUCACCGACAGCAGCGUAGAUGGGGUUCCACCCUACAGAUACCGCAAACAGCAUCGCCGGGAGAUGCACGAAAGUGCCAAAGCAAAUGGGCGAGUGCCACUACCUCAUAUUCCACGCACAAACCGGAUCCCAAAGGAUAUCCACGUGGAGCCGGAGAGGUUUGCUGCAGAGCUGAUCAGCAGGCUGGAGGGCGUUCUGAGGGAGCGGGAGGCUCAGGAGAAGCUGGAGGAGCGGCUGAAGAGAGUACGAUUGGAAGAGGAAGGAGAUGAAGUCAUGUCCAUAGCCACCGCACUAUCCAGUCACAGGUUCCCCCCCGGUGCUUAUCCGCAGAACUUCAACUCGCGCUACGCCGACAACACCUACAGCGGUCCUGUUGUGAGAGACGCUCACGAGGAGAACCCUGAGAGCAUCCUGGAUGACCACGUGCAGCGGGUCAUGAAGACGCCAGGCUGCCAGUCACCAGGCACAGGCCGCCACUCUCCCAAGUCACGCUCGCCAGACGCUGUCCCAGGGGGCAAAGGGGCGGGACUUACGCAGGGCAAACAUCCAUUCAGGCACGGCGUCAAGGGAGACGCCGGCCACCUGUACCACCACAAACACGUGCACUACGUCCACCACGCAGCCGCCGGGAAGCCCAAAGAGCAGGUGGAGGCCGGCGGCUUUCCCUUCAGCGCAGAGACGAGUCACUACGGGUCCAAGUCUCGCAGCUACGCGGACGGCAUGGGGUCCAACCCCACGGAGCAUACAGGGUACAGUAGCAAAGCUGGCACACAGUGUAAAAGGUUGUUCAAGAAAGGCGAGGAAGUGCGGCCUUAUGACGGUCCAGCGCCUGCAGAGGAGAUGGAGAAAAACCAGAAGAUCCUCUUGUGGCUGAUGGAGGGACAGAAAGAAAUGGUUCAACAUAAGAGGAGUCCAUACGGGAGCACCACUGGGUCCAAGAGGACGACAGGCCAUGAGGCUCAGCUGCGGAACAACGUUCAGCCGUCUCACCCUUUCAUCCAGGAUCCCACGAUGCCCCCAAAUCCAGCUCCCAGCCCCCUCAUCCAGCUGGAGGAGGUGCGUCGCCGCCUUGAGGAGGAGAAGAUUAAGUCUGGAACUGUCCAACCCAAGCAGAGGUAUGUGAUGGAGGUGAUCCAGAGGGGUCGCACCGCAGUCAGGCCUGCACUGUUCCCUCCGCUCAGCGUGGUGCCCGCCGUCUCUGACAGCGAGCUCUCCCAGCCCGAAUACAAAGCCACUAAAAAGCCGCCGUGUGACAACAUCACGGUGGCGUAUUACUUCUGCGAGGAGCUGAUCCCGUACAGGACGUCCGUCAGAGGGAGGGUCGUCACACUGGGCCAGUUCAAAGAACUGCUAACAAAGAAAGGAAAUUACAGGUAUUAUUUCAAGAAGGUGAGCGACGAGUUUGACUGCGGGGUGGUGUUUGAAGAGGUACGUGAAGAUGACGCCAUCUUGCCAAUCUUUGAGGAGAAGAUUAUCGGGAAAGUUGAAAAAAUUGAUUGAAGAUGGACCCGGAGGCGACUGGAUGGUGAAGAGGAAGUGUUUUAGGGGGGAGACUGGAGGAGCACGGGAAGACGGGGGGGGGGGUGCAGGAGACGUGCGUCGACGCGGUGGUCACAGUGGACGACUUGCACCACUGCAGUGACGUCGGGCUGGAAGGAGGCGACCUCGUGUGAUGUAGCAUUGUGAAGUUGACGAGAUGACGAAGAACAAAAGUGCUACUAAAGCUACAUAUUUUUGAUAUGAUGUAUCAGAGGGUGCCCUUUCUAAAGUAACCACACGUGUCAUUUUUAUAUGUAUUGGUACCAGAUGUGUACAGUUUGUGUUGAAAGAUAACAGAAUUUUAUAUCUAUUUAAGUAUUUAAAAUGCUCAUUUUCAAUCCUACUGACGCAGGAGCGUCUGUGGAAGACGAUCAAAUCCUUUUUUCUUUUUAGGGCUGAUUUGUGUUUUGUUUUAUUCACCGUUAGAGCCCUCUGGACUCUGAUGUU